AGCAAAGCCCAUUACGGGUCGUCGACGACGAUUGCUUCACAGUACACACUCUGAUCAAAGAUCAACGCCGAACUCAGUCCUCCACUCCGAUUGUUCUGAAUUCUGAGCAAAGUCCCAAGAAAUCAUCCAGGAAAAUGCAGAAUCAGGACGAGAUUCGCAGUCUCCCCAUCGACAUCGCUUUAGCUCGUCUUGGAGAGUGGUUGGUAGAUCGGAAGAGGAUCCCGUCCGAUUGGCGAAAACGAUUGGCGGUUGUAAGAGCUAAGAUAUCGGCCGCGUUUUCAUCUCUGCCGAAGGAUUUGGAUCCGUACUUCCAAACCCUAGACUCUGAAGCUAUUGGUUACUUAGAAGCCAAACACAUAUAUGAUAUUCUUCUGAAGUCAACUCCAGAAAACCGUAAUAUUUUCGGCCGGCUUUCAGGUGCUGCUGGUGUUUGGGAAUCAAUUGUGAAAGCUUUAGAGAAAGAUCAUAUUUACCUUGGGGAGGCUGCUCAGAUAGUGGUCCAAAAUGUUAAUUAUGAAAUACCAUAUCAGAAAAAACAGGUCCAAAGGACUCAACAGCAACUUGCAGAGCUUGACCGCCGGGAAGCUGAUAUUAAAAGAAAUGCAGCUCUUUCAGCAGCUAAAUUUGCAGAGUCUUGUCAAGAGCUUGGGUUGGAGGGAGUAAAUGUAAGGUUGGAACUGUUAGAAACUGCAAAAAAAUUGCUCCCAAGCACAUUUAAGAGGAUUCUGGAAGUUUUGAGUGGGGAGUCUAUUUCACAGGCAAUUGAGUUCUACUCAAAUUUUGUCAGAGAUGCACAUACAGAUAAGGAUAAAACUUCCUGUUCCAUCUUACCAAAUUUGAGGGAUAUUCUAGAAAAAAACCCUUCUCUGAAUGCUUAUGUGCAACCUGAAGUUAUUGAUUCUGUGAAUGUUCAAGCUAGCCUUGAAGAAUCCAAUCAUGUUUCUGGGGACAUUGACAUUGCAGCUGAUGGUAUUGACUGGGAUAUAACUGUGGAUAGCUCUCAGAUAGAUUGGGAUAUUGGUACAGUGGAAGAAGCAGAUGAUGCUGGCAAUGGAUUGGGUCCUUAUGAGAUUGUUAAUGCCAGUGAGAUUUUGCAAAAUUCUUCAACAAAUGAAGCAGCAUCUGACCAGGCCUUGUUAAAUAAAGAAGACAAUGCAGUCCCUGAGGUCUCUGCAUCUGAGAUAUCUUGGGAUAUUAAUGUUGAGAACCCUCAAUUUGAUGUGAUUGACGAUACUGCUUUGUCAAAUGCAGUCCCAGAGUCUCGUACAGCCCUUCCAAACACUGUAACUGAAAUUGAGGAGAUUAGCCAACAGAGGAGCCAACUUUUGGAGACAGAUUACAGGAAUAAUAUUCUUGAUGAUCUAUUUGAGAUAAAAGCAUUCUUGAACCAACGGUUGAGGGAGCUGACAAAUGAUGAAACUUUGUCCUUACAACAUCAAGUCCAGGCAGUUACUCCAUUUGUGUUGCAGCAGUAUUCUUCUGAUGCUAUUCAGAAAAUGCAAUCAGAUGUUAUAUUGGUUGUCUCCUUACUGACAAAUAGAAAGACUCGAGAUCUGAUCAUGAUUCUUAAUUCUAAGAGAUUUCUAGAUAGACAGGUGAGUAUGCUAGAGGAAAAGAAACACCAUGAAUUGAAGUUAAAGGAGGGAUUGAAAGACUUAUCUGCCAAACGUAUGGAGCUGAAAAGUACAUUAGCUUCACUAUGGCCGAAGCAGGAAGCAGCUCUGGCAAAAACCAGGGAGUUGAAAAAGCUUUCCGAGAGUACAUUAUCAUCCAUGUUUGAUGGGAGACCCGUCAAUAUAAUUGGAGAGAUCAAUGCCCUAUUGAGUAGCAGCCUCAGCCCGCCAUAACGCCUGGCAAAUGAUCUAUACUCAGCUUCCUGUUACUUAAAACCCACACGGAAACAACCCAUUUUCUUGACAGGUAAAACACAGAUCGUCUCGACACCUUGAAGUUUUCAGUUGCAACCUACAAUUCUUAUAACCUUGGAAGUCGAUCUCUUUUCAGCGCAUCAAAUAGCAAAUGCAGAAAGACCUGGUGGUUCAACAAAGAGUGGAUGAUUGGGUAGGAUUCCUUAAUUCUAGAGGACAAGUAUCUCAUCUACUCUCUUGAGGUCAUUGUACCUGUUAGGAAGUAGACUCUGGCUGGUUAUACCUUCUUUCAAUUUACAACACAAUCAGAUUCCUCUUUGCUUCCUUCAUCGAUAUUGAAUUAGGAAUGUAAAUGAACCAUAUAUGAAUUGAGUGCAUCUCUUGUACUCACACUAGCACUUUUAAUUUAAUUUUCCAUCUGUGUCCUUGUUGGGUAAUAGAUAUCUGUACUUGAUUUUAAAUUAAAAGUUAAAUUAGGUUAUUUUGUU